AUGCGCAGGUUGUGUUUCAUGGGAUCUUGGAUCUGUCGGGAAUUCCCCUGGACUCUCCAGCUCUUGCCAAACAACCUUAUCGGGAAGUAGCAAGGCCAACUUAAUCAUCUCCUCUGCUCUAUGACUGAGCUGGGAAGCUAAAAUGAGUAAGAAACAGGGCUGAGUGGCUAGCACAGCAGCGCUCUGCGCUGUUGUUUUGGCUUUUAUACGAUAAAAGGAUUGUUCCGACCUGGAGAACAUCUGAAGCAAUUUCUGACUCUUGCUAGGCUAGCGAAACUGGACUCAUUUGCUAGCCACGCAAAAUUGUAGCAAGGGAACAAUUUAAUCUACAGACAGGACUUCUUUUGUUUAAGAAACAUUUUAAAUGGCGGGGAUACAACGGCACUCGAUGGAGGAUUCCAACGGCGAUUCAAGCAACAAAUAUCCACGGCCUGCGGUCGGCUGCGAGCUCAAACUCGGCAGCCUCAACGCAGCGUCUGACGACUGGUGCGACAGCGGACUGGACUCUAUCAGUGGCGUUGGGCUCAGUAUCGAUGGCUCAUAUGACAUCGAGUCGCCAUCAGCUUGGAGUAGCACUCGGCCAAAAGACUGUUGUCCGUCACUGGGUCAUGCUGAGGACCGUUCAGAGGACUGCACGUCCGUGGAGCCAGGAGAAAGGCUUGACUCCGCUAUCGGGGACUCGAUAACAGAUGAGACGGUAGGAAGCCUGUCUCAGGGUCUUGGGACUCUUAUCCUGGCCGAACAGGCUGUGGGUAACACCGUCGACACCGGACGGAGUGAACGGGUUUCGGUGGUCAGUCCAGAGGAGGAGCGGCAGAGAAGAGAAGAGUUGUUUAACACACUAAACUUCUUAUCCGAAGACGGAGACACGGCCCUGCACCUGGCGCUGAUCCACGAGCACAGGGCUUUCGUCCAGUACCUGCUGGGGGUCAUCGCCCUGGAAACCAGCUGGACUCCCUACCUGGACAUUCAGAAUCACCUGGGCCAGACGGCAUUACACCUGGCGGUGAUAGUGGACCAGCCGGAGUGUGUGCGCGGUCUCCUGUGGGGGGGUGCGAGUGCCGAGCUGCAGGAGCGGGGGGGAAACACACCGCUGCAUCUGGCGGUGAGGGAGCUCCGCAUGGAGUGUGUGAAGGAGCUCACGUCCUGCCCGCGCCUCUCCUACGAACACCUCUCCGUCACCAACUACUCAGGAGUAAGUGCUCUUCAUGUGGCCGUGCAGAAAGGCAGAAGUGACAUCAUCAACAUGUUACUCAGUGCAGGAGCGGAUGUGAACCAGAGGGACCUGGGUUCAGGUCGCUCUCCCCUGCACUGGGCUGUAGAGGCUCAGAGUGCCCAGCUAGUGGCGCUGUUGCUGAGCGCAGGAGCAGCAGUGGACCAGCGCUCCUAUGCAGGCCACACUGCGCUCUACUGCGCCUUCCACAGGCCCAACCGAGAAGUGCAGGCACUGCUGCGCGCUGGCGGGGCAGUGGAUACUCCAAUGCAGGAGGAAGAGGAGGACGACGAUGAGGAAGAAGAACAGGAGAGUGAAGAGGAGGAGUUUGAUGAUGUCGUCAUUAAUGGACAGCGUGUGAUGUAAAUGGGAGGAUGCAAGGGUGUGUGUGUGUGUGUGGUGUGUGUGGCUGGCUGGCAACGAGCGUGUGUGGAGGAGAGAUGCCCGCUCGUGAACCGCCAGCGAUCCAACACCUUGAAUGGGACUGUGAAGGAACGGCGGAUCAGAUGUAUGUUGUGAGGUGGGGUGACUUGUCAUAUGAUGCUGUAGGUCGUAGUGGAGCUCAGUAAGCUAAAAACACAAAAUCCGCAUCUGGCAUCUGGCACUGGGGUGGAUCUGGGCCAGAGGCUGGCCAGGCGAGGGCCAGAUCCACGCCGGAGGCUAAUGCUAACUGGGGAUGGGAUUCAUUUUCUGUCUUUUGUGGGGACUUUUGUAUUGGACUUUUUGUUGUUGUUGUUGUUGUUGUUGUUGUUUCUGGUGGAACAAAAGCUGAUGCUAACUGCUGAACAGAUCAACGAGAAACAUGUGAAAUGGAAGAUGGAUUCAAUUAGAAAAAAGGGGUUUUGACAAGUCAUUAAAUUUGGUCAUUGCCCAUCAGUGAAAUUAGGGGCCCUCAGAAUAUGGUUCAGUAGAAUGUCCUGGUGCCAUUCUACUGCCAGUCUCAUUUCUAACUACUUUGGGUUUCACCUUUUAUUUUUUAUUUUUAUUCUCAAAACUAAACCUCUAUCUGGUGAUGGGAUUUCAAAAAAUAGGUGGAAGUGUGAGAAUGUGGAAAUAUUAGAGAUAGAAAUUACAGUGAAAUUAAGUUCUUGUACUUUUGUUUUCAAGUCUCUGUAAGGAAAUCUGCAUGUAAACCUCAAAUUCCCAUCAAUUUGCUAUUUCCUAUUUGCCUAGUUCUGACUUAAACUGUAUGAUAAUGAGACAGACUCAUUGUUAUGGUACUGAGCUAAACAACAUUGUUUGAACCAAGGGUAUGACAGAUUUUUAUUUUUCAUGCAUUUUGAACUUCACAUAGGCUCAGUGAAAAGACCAUAAGCAAUGUAAGGAUUGUGGAGAAAAGUCCAGUUAAGAGAUCUGAUGAACACUGGUGUACACCCCUGGUGAUUUGUGGUGUGUUAACACUUGGUGUGUGGACGGCUAAGAGACACACAUGGUACUUGUUAGGAGGCUCUUUCUCUUCUCUCUCCUAUUUUUUUUUCUUUCCUGAAGAUGUGGAGAUCGUGGGGGUGGCGUGAUCAUUUUUGUGUGGAGCCCUGAAGAAUAAAUGAGAUUCGUGGAGCAUAACACACAAUGCCAGGCAGCUAAGAGUGUGGGGAUGUUCUCAUCUGAUGCUAACCUGUCGGAAUCAGCGAUCUCACUCCCAAGUGUACAGUAUUCCAGUAACAAACCUACAAAGGCAAAUGGGUCCUUAACCCCACAUUAACACAUACCCUUUGGUAGGUAUUAUUGUGUAUAUAUCCUUAAUAAUUUAAAUGAAAAACAUGUGUUUGUGUGUGUGUAUGGGUGAGGUAAGGUGUGUGUGUGUGUGUGUGUGUGUGUGUGUGUGUAUGUGUGAGCCAUCAGAUGCAUGUUUAUGAUCUUGUAUUUAAGCAUUACAUGUUGUGCUGUAGCAGCCUGACUACCUUCACAUAUAAGGGGCAGAAUCCACUCAGUACUCUUAUCAAACUAACUGAUUGUGUUGCUGGGUGCAGCCAGCUUUUAUUGUCAUUGUGAUAUCUCUGGAAUUGUGACACAGGGCUACCAAUUAAAGUGAAUGCUCACCCGAACGCCAGUGGUCCCAUCUGCUUCACACCAGUGUGAAAUGACUGUACUCAAAUCUGUGGUACUGUCCCAAAGGCCAAAUAUAAACAGCUAAUUGUAGAUGGUGUGAGGGGUUCUCCCGAGAGCACACUAACUUAGUGAGUAUGUUUAGUAGGAGUAAAACAUUACACACAGCCAAAGGCAAUUUAUCACGUAAAGCUACACGUGUAGAAUUUAUAAUAUACAAAGUACUACAGACCACUGGUCACAGUGAAAUAGACAUUACCUGCUACACAUUCAGAAAUUUGGGGUCAUUUAGAAGUUUGCUUGUUUUCAAUAGAAAAUAAAGAUUCUCUGAGAAAA